AUGGCGGCGUUCUCGGCGCCACCAAACCCCUACGACGCCCACAGCUCCGACACACUCCCUACCGGUCUCUACAACGCCUUCAACAACAUGGCCCUCAACAACCCUGGCGGCGGUGGGACAGAAUGGUUCCUCGACACCGGCGCUAUGGCACACAUGGCAUCCAAUCCUGGUUGCUGCAGCUCCACCACCGGUGGACUCUCCAUGUUCGUCGUGCCCGCCGGACGACGUCCUGAUCCACCCAGGACCGCGUCAGCCUCAACGUCGGCACCACACGCUGCAACAACGGCGCCGCGCAGCGCCACAACGCACCCUCAUUUGACUGAGGUCCCGUUGCCAUCUCCUGCGCGCGACACCACCCUUGUGCCACCUACGGCCACGACUCAGUCUACGGCCGCAGAACCAACGUCUGCACCCACGACAUCUCCUGUAGCCACGACGUCCACUUCAGCGCCAUCACCACCGCCCGCUGCUCAGCCUCCACGACACCACAUGGUCACACGUGCGCAACAUGGGAUCCGGAUGCCCAAUCCCAAGUAUGCGCACCUGGCAACGACGUCCCAACCGACAACCCCACCAACGUCGGUGCGCGCCGCCAUGCGCGACCCAUAG